UCUAGUUAGCUCCAAAUUACGGUUAUCACAAUAGGACUUUUGUCACACCAACUUUAAACAUGGCGAAAAAGUUUUCAGUGGCAGAGUACGCCAAGAAAUUCACAAAGCAUGACCUGGAAAGGCUGGGCUUGUUCGUCGAGAUGCCCUACAUGAACGGGCAAGGAUACGUGUCGCCCUUCGCAAAGCCGAAGAUCUACAAAGGCCGUGGACUUUUUGCCGGCGGUCCGAAGACCAAGUGCGGAACGAUCGAUGGAUACUUUGACGAUCAGUUUCGAAGGGUCUUCGCCGGCGAAGCGAUCAGGCGACCGCUCAAGAGAGCCCAAAUUGAGAAGAACAGAAAGGCCAUAGGUCCAGGUGGUGGUUUACCGUUCGUGCCGCCGGGGUGCACCAAAUCGCACGCCUGCCCCGGCGACUUCUUCGGCACGUUCGCCGGUAGAAUCGAGGCGUUCUCGCGAGUGGCGCGACCUAAGCCGAAAACCGUAAGGGAGCCACCGAAUUGUCUUACAAACCCCGCAAAAAAGGGAGGACCUGGUUAUGCCGGGAUUUGUUUGUCUAAAUACCCCGUGCACAUGAAAGAUCCGUACCGGAUGAAAUUGAAGCGGAAGGAACACGGAAAGAAUUUAGGUGGACCCUUCGUCCUGGGCCAUUAUACCAAUGACUAUUUCGACCAAAAUCCCUACUUUGAAAAAACUCAUGGUCGGGUCUACAUCCGACCGAAACCGAGAGCGCACGCGAUAAUUGGGGACGGCAAGUGGAUUCCCACGGGACCCGCAAAAUGGCAAGGAGGUUGUCACGCGGGCGCAUUCUCGCGUUAUCCUGAACAUAUGACCGAUAGAAACAAGACGAGGGAAGACAAAGAACGGGCGGCAAGACGUUCGAAAAAGGGCGACCAGGGACCUGGUAUUCUUCCGCAAAGUAUGGCACCGAAAAGCCUUUACACGUGCUCGAUUCUGACGCACAACACGGACUUCCGUGUGAAUGCGACCAAUUACAGGAUUUACCAAGCCCAGUAUACCAAAAGGAUGCUGGCUCCCUUGUUUUGACACAAUA